AUGCCGGUUGAGGAACCACCUCUGAAUUGGCUGAAGCAUAACGUAUCAUUGAAGGCUGUCGUGCCGGACUGGAGCUUCCAUAACGGUGGUGGUAUAGUCGUUCUCACUGGAAAAUUCGUCCCACCGUCAAUUUUCAACUUCUCUGCGAUACUAGUCAACUUUGGUCGAGGCGGGCCGCGGGCCUCAGCCACACUGAUGAACGAGUCCGCGAUCAACUGCACGGUCCCUGCCAUGCCGGACAACUUCUUCGACACGGUCCUGUUGAGUGUCACAGUGGUCUUCCUUAGCCCAUUCAACAGUACCCAUGUUAACAUUACAGCUCAAGGGCCGGGUUUGGUAUUCAGUUACCUCCCCAAUCUAGCCCUGGGCAGUUUGGUUCCUCGGACUGGUCCGCCUGGUGGCCUUACUAAUGUCACAAUGAGAGUCAUGUUUUUCGCCAACUCUUCCUCUGGCCUGGAGCGCGAUCUUGGUCUGGACUUCGACUGUGCUAUAGGGACGUUCAGAUCUCCGGCAAGGUUCCGGCUCACUGACGAAUCCAGUCUGGCUGGGUAUGCGAUGAAUAGAAGCUACGAGGUGUGGUGCUCAGCCCCCAUGGCCGGCCCAAGGCGGGACGUCUGCGUUCAACUGGUCCCACGUGUGGCGAGGUCCAUUGAAAACCCUCUCCAACCGUGUAACAACACUAUGGGGCGGCAUAGGCUAGAGUACAACUACUAUCGGCAGAUGCCUCGAGUGGAUAACCUUUCGCCUGCCGUCGGCCUCUAUGAAGGGGGAACCGACGUUGUCGUGUCCGGCAAGAACUUCCCGGAUAAUACAACAUUUCCCGGCUUCCCAGAAGUACUGUGUAAAUUCGAUAUAUACAUACUCGAGGGCCGCCGCAUUGACAACACCUCGGUUGUGUGCGAAUCCCCGGCCGUUGUCUAUCACUGCAACUCCAGUGCUGUUGGAUGCAACAGCAACGACAGUCUCGAAGUGUCUGUGACAUUGAGCUUCAACGCAGGUCGAGACUGGAGCUUCACGUAG